AUGAGCCACAGCAACGGGCAGGCGCCGCUCUUUGCGCCAAAGCUCGAGCUGCCGCUGUCCAACCUGCCGCCGCUGCCGAGCCUCGUCCCGCGAGCAGCAGCAGUCGUCGCCCUCAAGACGGACGACCCGACGAUCGACAGCGACGAGCUCGAGCUGCGGGACUGGAUCGAGGCCAGGGGCGAGUGCCCGUCGACGGAGGACAAGGGCAAAUGGCGCGCCUUCGAGGGCGAACCGGACGAGAUCAAGAAGGCCGCGUUCGUGACGCCGACCGCGAGCGAGGUCCUCGACGGCGUCCCGUUUCCCACACCUGCCCUCACCCCUCGCUUCGGCGCCACCGACACGCCGUACCACGCCCCGCCAUCCCCGGCCGCUCGUCCUGCUCGCCCUCCACCGCCCUCACGAGCUUCGCCGCCGAGCCCUGGCGCCCCGUUGUCGCCCACCGCCGCCGCCGCCGGCCCUUCUCGUCAGCCGAGUCGACCUGUCGCUCCGCUCGACCGCCUCCUCCCCAUCGGCACGAUCGUGCUUCAGCAGCAUCGACUCGCCGCCGACGUCCAACAUCAGCAGACCGAGGACGGCUGGUACAGCCUCCUCAAGGACACGCUCGAGCCCAUCCCCGAUCCCGCCGUCGACCCUCCCGUCGUCGUCGAGCAGGCGCCCGUCCCGCCUCGUCCGGCGGCACCUCGCACGUCGUCGUCCGCCAAGACGGGCCCGUCGUCUUCGAGGAGCAAGAAGCGCCGCGCGUCAUCCGCCGCCGGCCCGUCGUCGUCGAAAAAGGUCAAGUACUCGGCGCACCCGCACCUCGACGCGCUCUUGACGCUCGCGGCCGCACACGUCCUGCGCGCGACGGUGCGCCAAGUCGGCGAGGGUGAGGCGGCGGUGGCGCUCGUGCGCGUCUACCUCGUGCCGCAGGACCUGCCCGAGCUGCGCGGGCCCGGCGCGGUCAGGGCGAGGACGAGGCCGCCCGGCAGCGUCGUUCUCGGGCUGUUGAGCGCGGUCAGGGUGCAUGCGGGCGAGUGGGACGGCGAGGUGCAGAGCGGGGACCUGCCUGGCUUCAUGGCCGAGAUUGACGGUCGAUCGCUCCUCGAGGUCUACCGCGACAUCACGUCGCCAAGCGCCGACGCCUCGUUCGUCGACAGCCUCGACGCGCCCGACGACGUCAAGCAGCGCCUGUCGUCGGCGCUCGACCACAAGCCCGCCGGUGUCGAGAGCGACCUGUUCCCGUACCAGCACGCGACGCUCGCCAAGAUGCUCGCGCGCGAGCUCGCGCCGCAGGAGAUCCCGAGCCCGGCGUUCCUGCGCCGCUCGACCCGCGUCGUCGGCCUCGGCGGGUCCUGGCCCGACGGUCGCAAGGAGGAGACGGUCUUCGUCUCGCUCGACGGCGGCAUCCGACUCGCGCCACUCACGGUGCGCGAGCCCAAGGGCGGCAUCCUCGCCGAGGACAUGGGCGUCGGCAAGACGGUCAUCGUGCUCGCGCUCGUCAUGUCGACGCUCAGCGAGCUGCCCAAGCUCGAGGGCACCUCGACGUUCCUCGACGGCUCGCCGUCACCGCCGCCGUCGGUCCUCCUCACCGACGUCUCGGUCGACUUUCCGUUCCCGUUCGAGAUGGAGGACGCCAAGAAGCUCAAGCCCCGUGUCACGGCACCUCUCGUCGGCGUCGAGCUGUACAACCGCGAGCUGUCCGAGCGCGAGGCCGCCCUCGCCCGUCAAGCCGCCGAGGACGCCGACACGCCGCACCUGCCCUUGCCUUCCCUGCGCUCCCUCAUGGUCCACAAGGUCAAGACGUCGCCUCUCGCCUGUCGGUACCCGCACUUCGACGAGGUCGACGGCGAGCACCCGCUGCCGCAGCCGCUGUUCGACCUCCUCCAGAAGACGCCGCCGUUCUACCGCCUCUUCCCGAGCUUGACUCAGCGCGAGGCGCGCAGGCGAGACGACAGCAAGCCGGUCAAGAUCGUCGUCGCGCCCACGACCCUCAUCAUCGUCCCGACCGAGCUCGUGCGGCAGUGGGCCGGCGAGAUCGACAAGCACGUCCAGCCCAAGGCGCUCCGGGUCCUCGUCCUGCGCACGUCCAAGGACAAGUUCCGCUCGGUCGACGAGAUGGCGACGUUCGACGUCAUCCUCAUGUCGGUCGCGCGCUUCUCGGACGCCGCCGAGGCGGGCGACAUGAGCCUGCGCGGCGUACACUGGCGCCGCAUCGUCAUCGACGAGGGCCACGUCCUCGCGCACGCCAACCUGACGCGCAAGCUCGCCGAGGAGCUGCGCGCCGAGUCGCGCUGGGCCGUGUCGGGCACGCCGUCGACCAACCUGCGCGGCGGCGACACGGGCGAGACGAGCGCCCUGUUCGCGAGCAACAGUGCGACCGGCGGCGACCGCACCGACCUCGACCGCCUCGGCAACCUGUUUGCGCGGUUCGUCAAGCACCCGGCGUUCGCUCGACCCGACUCGCUCCGCAAGCUCGUCCAGGGUCACGUCCUCGGCGGCGGCGAGCGCGCCGCACGGCUCGAGACGGUCUUCAACCGGGCCAUCAUCCGCCACAACUCGGACGUCGUCAGCUCGUACAUCCGGCUGCCGCCGAUGCAGACGAGCAUCGUCGAGGUCGAGAUGGAGGAGGCCGAGCGCCUCGUGUACAACACGCUCGUCGGCUUCUUCGUGUCCAACUCGAUCACGUCGCAGCGGGUCGACGUCGACUACCUGUUCCACAAGUCGAAGCGCGCCGAGCUCGACGUCCUGUGCGGCAACCUCGCCACCGCGACGACCUUCUUCGGCUCGUCCGAGUACUACCAGUACCUCGUCGAGGCCCGCAAGUUUGGCGAGGAGUGCCUCGCCGGCAAGCGCAGCGCCGGCUGGAGCGACGCCGAGCGCAUCAAGCUCCGCAAAGUCGUCGAGGUGUUCCAGGAGGCCCUCGACGACCCCGAGGUCGCGCUCACGGCGGCGACGCCGGCCGUCGCCAUGGAGGUCGCCCACCUCGACGACGAGCUCGUGCGCACCUUUGUCGGCCUGAGCGGCUCGCGCAACCCGCGCGGCCGUGCGCUCGUGUCGCAGAACGAGCUCGUGCGCCUGCGCGUCGACCUCAAGGAGUUGCAGCGCGAGGACGUCAAGGCGUGGGACGACGACGAGGAGCUCGUCGAGGAGCUCAUCACGUUCGAGGAGAAGCGUAAGCGGAUCGACGCGCGGCCCAAGAACUACGAGGCCGACCCGGACGAGGAGCCGUUGUUCAAGAAGCGCACCAAGAAGGAUUCGACGCCGCUCGUGCCGCUCCCGGACGACUCGAUCUUCCGCCGCGUUCAACUCGUGCGCACGACAAGCUCCAAGAUCAACUUCAUCGUGUCCGAGCUGCGCAAGUACCCGAGCGAGAAGUUCAUCAUCUUCUCGUCGUCGAACGUCGACCUCCUGUUCUCGAACCUGUCCGAGACGCUCGACCUCGUCGGCAUCUCGCACACCAUCUUUGCGUCGGGCCACGCCCGCAACGGCGACCGAGGCGCGAUCGCGCAGCGCUUCAACCAGACGUCGGCGUCCGAGUGUCAGGCCAUCCUCGUCGACGCCAAGCUCGGUGGACGCGGCAUCACGCUCACGGCGGCGACGAGGAUGAUCUUCCUCGAGCCCGUGUGGAAGCCCGACCUCGAGGUCCAAGCGUCGAAACGAGCGCACCGUCUCGGACAGACCAAGCCCGUCUUUCUCAAGAUUCUCGUCGUCAAGACUACGUUCGAGGAGGCUCUCUUGCAGCGCCGCAAGGAGCUCAAGUCCGAGGAGUUCGACAAGCGCAUCAAGGCGCCGCAGCAGGACCAGCAGCUGCGCAACCGCCUCCAGCAGGCGCAGUACCUCGAGCCGAGCGCCGCCGUGCGCGACGGGGCCAGGGUCGUCUCGCCGGCGUUCGACCCGCCCGUCAUGCUCAUCAGGGGCGACGACGGUGGCGAGGAGAGCGCGCUCGUGCGAGCGACGGGCUGA